AUGGCUUACUAUCUCACUGAUGGCAUUUAUCCUAAAUGGGCUACUUUUAUUCAGUCUAUUACUGAACCGCAAACAGCAAAAGCAAGGUUAUUUGCCCAACAUCAAGAAGCAGCAAGAAAGGAUGUGGAGCGAGCAUUUGGGGUGUUGCAAGCUCGAUUUGCAAUAAUUAGAAAGCCAUCACUUGCUUGGGAUGAAGAACGACUCUCUGAUAUAAUUACUUCUUGUAUAAUUAUGCAUAAUAUAAUAGUGGAAGAUGAAAGAGAUACAUAUAUACACUAUGCUGAUGGUAGAGAAUUCAUAGGAAAUCGUCCAAAAGGUCAAUCGGAAGGUACAAGUGGAUUAAAUUAUGACUUUGAAUAUUACACAGAUAGAAUUGUUGAUAUCAACCGAUACUUGGCAAAUAAGGAUGAUGUUGAAGAUCGACAAACAUAUUUAUCCUUAAAAGAUGACUUGGUUGAAAAUAUCUGUCUAAUUUUAGUGUCAGGGCAGAUCAAACCGAACCAUGUGCAAGGCAGAGAAUGCAAUGGGCAGCAGUAG